AUGUAUACGGACGGAUUUGAUUCAGCUGCCCCAGGUGGUGCAAAUGGUUGGCCAUUGCAAAGGAUCCCAAUGGUUGCCCCAUUCUUCGGUUGCCUCCUCGGCGGCUUCAUCUACGACGCAUUCCUGUACACUGGCGAGAGUCCCAUCAACACGCCGUGGAUGGGCCUCAAGCGCCUGACGCAGCCGCGCCGGGACGUCUGGUCAAACACCUACCAGCGCAAGGAGAUCAGCAAUGUCUAG